CAACCCACAACACUGUCGCGGUCUUGUUCUGGUUUCGUUUUUUAAGUUGUCGUUUUUUGUGUAUGCAUAAAAGGUGCAUGUGUAUUCGUAUUUGUAUUUAUGCAUUGUUGCAAGCCUGGCCUUUUUUUAAUUGUUCGUCUUUGUUGCAAUUUGUUAACUCAUUUACCGCAAACAUCGCUGCAAAUACAAGGCGCGUAAAGUGUACACAAUUUAAUGGCCGUUGGUGUCAGCGACAAAAAGUUGUUUUUCUUGUAUGAAAACUGCUCAAAAUAUUACUCGUUCACGUGGCCAGCUAAGCACAUGUUUUAAAUGCUGUCAGAAAAAAAGCUAAUUUCCAACUAAAAGAAAUUCAAUUUGUGUUUUUGUGUGGAGCAAAAAGUAGAAAAUAAAACGAAUCGACGACGAGGUCUCUCUCUCUGUAUGUGCAAGAGUGAGAAAGAGUGCGCGUCUUUUACGCUAACUCAGAGAGAGGGCAAGAGGGAGAGCCAACCAGCCCAGUCGCCGCCACGCAAGUUAUUCACCCCAACAACAACAACAACAGCUCUACGCACACAUUGACAGUUGGUUCUUCACAUAUACGGUCUGUGAUUUUUGAAUUGCAUGUGUGUGUGUGUGUGUUUGUGUGAGUGAGUGUGUUCGUGCGUGUGAAUGUGAUUUGAAGUAAAACAAAAAAAAAAGAAGAAUAACAGCCCAAAGAGCAUACAAAAUAAUAAUAUUGAAAACGUAUCAACAACAAUUGAAAACAGCUAUAGCGAAAGCUAAAGCUAAAGCAAGAGAGCCGAAAGAGAAGAGAGCGAGGACAGGGACUGGGACUGAGACUGAGAUUGAGAUUGACAGCGAGACUAUGCUGCCAUUCGGCUAAUCACAGUGAACAAAACAAAAUUGACGCUAAAAGAACAGUCAAAGCACAGAGAACACGAACUUGGCUUGCAGCCAACAAGAAGAAGAAACCAAAAACUGUGAUCUCUUUCAAAGGGGCGCAACCGAAUACAGAAAACAAAGAGUGACGGCAAACCAAACAAACAGAAAAAUAAAAAUGAUGAUGAUGGACACACUGGAUGCCCAGCCUAUGGAUGUGGCGCCUGCUGUUGCUGUGGCGGCCACAACAGUUAGCGGUACUCUGGACUUUACCGCUACCAUGGUGAGCAUGGCGGCAACGGCGGAAAGUAAUAAUAAUAAUCACAUUGAGAUGGCCGAUUAUAAGGAGCAUCGCAAGAACAAGAAAAAGAAGCGUGAGAAGCGGGAAAAGGAUAAGGAACAUCGUCACAAACAUCGCGAGCAUCGUGAGCAUCGCCGUCAUCGGGAUCGGGAACGUGAUCGAGAGCGAGAAUCAUCCCAUCAUCAUCAUCAGCAGCAGCAGCAGCAACAGCAGCAUCAACAUCAUCACAACAGUAGCCAGCACUCGACAUCCGCCUCAUCGUCGCCCUCAUCCGCAUCCACAACGCCAUCGGCGACCAUUGAAUAUGUUGGUGGAUCCGCAUCAGCAUCGCCGUCCUAUUUGGGCGCCAGUAGCGGUGCCGCAGGAGCUGUUGCCACUGUUGGAGGAGGUGCCGCUGCCACCACAUACCCGCACAAUUUAAAAAUACGUUUCCUGCUUUCCGGGGUAAGACACAAUCCACACCCAAGAUCAAGACGUAGACAAACCAAAAACCAGACAAAAAGAUAUAUAUACUUUAUAGGUUCUGCCACGCCUCCUACUGCCUGUUACGCACAUAUUCUUUAAAACAAACUCAAAAGA